AUGACAUGGCAGGUUGUGGGUUUUCUUGCAGAUGAGCAGCUGUUAAUCAUCUACGAGGCCGAGGCCGAGCAGUGGGCCUCAUAUCUGCACUCGAUCUUUGCCGGUUCAAUCCCAGACAGCGGGAUCUGCUGCUACGACAUCGCCACGGCGUCCCGUCAGUCGGACGACUUCCUGCAGCUGGCAAUGUACACCUGCAAACUGCUGAUUCUUUCCAAGGGAAUGCUGGAGGGUCUGCCACAGGUGUGCCGCUGCUUCCUGGCCCGUGUGUUGCGUCCUGCAGCUCAUGUGGUGGUGCUGCUGUGCGGUGUGGAGAGCCUGUCCCCGUUGACUGACCUUGUGGCCCUGAACGCCGAUGAGUGUGUGCAGAUCUCCACCAAACAAGACACUCACGAGUAUCUGUCUGCUGUGAUUAACAUUGUGAGAAAAGCAGCAAGUGGUCUCCCAUUGGCACACUCACCAUCACAACUGGUGCAAAAAGUGGGACGUCUGCAGCCAGCUGGCAGUCACACAUCCAACUUUGCUGUUGUUCCUUCCAGAGUUCCUUGCGAGAGUUCGGUGGAAGUGUUCAUCCUCUUGAGAAAAAAGGUGGCGGGUGAAAACAAGGAGGUUGAAUUCAGUGAUGGCAAAAAGACACUGAGAGUGAACCCUGUUCACUGGAACGACCUGAUCCUCUGUCUCAAUGCACCAGAUUUCCCAGCGGGGAACGUACGUGUGACUGUCUACAGUGACGGCGUGCCAAUCAGCAAGGCACAGAUACAGUACUACAGCAGCGUGGAGGAGAUCGCUCGCCUCCUGUCUGGGGUUGCAGAUCCUGUGGGCUUCAUGUGUCAGGCUCUUCGGGUGUCCUCUGCAGAGACGCUGGACCACAAGUUGUCCUCCAUGUUGUUGAAGAGGAUGCCCACUGGUGGCUUUCAGGGACUGCAGUGUGAAACGACACCUGAAGGAGAGCGCCACCAUACAGACGUCCCCACGCUUCUCCACUUUGCUGCCCAUUACGGAUUCAAGAGUGUCUCCAGUCUGCUACUGCAGUGUCCUGGUGCCGAACGAGCACUGUGCACAGCCAAUCGCCGUGGACAGACGCCAACUGAUAUCGCCUGGCGUCACGGCCAUGCAGAGCUUCACGACUUACUGAAGAAAGCACUGGAGAAGUUCACCUCAGGCGAAGAUGAUAAUGAUGCCAGUGUGUACAAAAUGAUGUGCACCGCAGGAAAUCCCUCUGCAACAAAUGCACAGCAUGAGCAACAAGGAGAAGGCGAAGGGUCAGAUGAGGAAGAUCCUUACGCAGUACUCGGGGUGAAUGAUGACUGUGACACCAACCUGACUUCCAAAAACACAGUCCUUCUUGCCAAUCGGCCACCAGCACCCAAUCCUCGGCCUGAGUCCACCCAUGUGAAGGAGGAACAAACACCCUACAUCAUUCAAGUGUUCCAGAAGAAGACAACACAGGGAGAUGCAAAUAGUUUGUAUUCACUUCCAACUAAACAAGCAUGUGACAAUAAAGACAACGCCUCUUCCACCUACGACACCAUUUCACCAAAUCUGACACGUGGACUUGAAGGAUCUGUUGAACUCCAGCAGAAGGUCAAAGUGGGGUUGUUCACUUCCAAGGCCACCAAGAUCUUCAGCGAUUACCAGCGAGUUGAUAAGGACAUGGACGACAUGCAUCAGGAGAAUUUGAAUCCGCUGGGAGCCGGAAUCAUCAACCACAGAGAUAAUGAUGACAGCGUCUACGAUAAAAUCAGCAUUGUCCAUCACACGCCAAGUGCGACUGGAAACGAACAUCGAAGAGGAAACCAAGCAACGAGUUUUUACAGCAAACCCGCAAAAGGACAGCCUGUGCGUUCCCCCCUCCUUACCAUUAAGAUAAACAUGUUAGACAGUUUAUUGCAUGAUGAAGGUUAA